AACAACGCAGGGCCAAACUGUACUUCUCUUCCUCAGUUCAACAUUUUGCAGAAACAGAAACACAGCUCUUGGCUUUUUUCUUUUUUUAAGCAUUGCUGACAGAGUGGAGACAAAUUUUUAUUCUACCAUGUAUACCUAUGGAAUAGCAUUAACAAGUGAAAGAUGUAGUAAUUUAGACAUUUCUUCAUUUUAGAGAGAGAACAUGGAAACAUCAUUGGUUUUCUUUUCUCAAUUAAGUAUGUGUGAAUCAAAAGAAAAAACUUUUUUCAAGUUAAUACAUGGUUCAGGGAAAGAAGAAACAAGCAAAGAAGCCAAAACCAGAGCUAAGGAAAAAAGAAACAGGCUAAGUCUUCUGGUUCAGAAACCUGAGUUUCACGAAGACACCCACUCCAGUAAAUCUGGGCACUUGGCCAGAGAUACAAGAGCCUCCCCUGAAGAAGCAGUGGUAUGGGGGGAAUCAUUUGACAAACUACUUUCCCAUAAAGAUGGACUGGAGACUUUUACCAGAUUUCUUAAGACCGAAUUCAGUGAGGAAAAUAUUGAAUUUUGGAAAGCCUGUGAAGAUUUCAAGAAAAGCAAAGGGCCUCAACAAAUGAUCUUUAAAGCAAAAGCAAUAUAUGAGAAAUUUAUACAGAAUGAUGCUCCACAAGAGGUCAACCUUGAUUUUCACACCAAAGAAAUCAUUACAAAGAGCAUCACCCAACCCACCCUCCACAGCUUUGAUGCUGCACAGAGCAGAGUGUACCAGCUUAUGGAACAAGACAGUUAUGCACGUUUUCUGAAAUCUGACAUCUAUUUAGACUUGAAAGAAGGAAGACCUCAGAGACCAACAAAUCUUAGAAGACGAUCCCGCUCAUUUACCUACAAUGAAUUCCAGGAUGUGAAGUCAGAUGUUUCCAUUUGGUUUUGAGGAAAAUUUAUUUGGCUCAUUUUGAUAGCAAACUUGUACAUCUGCUUCUAAAAUAUGGCACGUUUAUGUUAACAAAUGGGUGCAUCUUUUAAGAUAAAGUGCAUCAUCUGAAAGGAUUUUUAAAAUGUAAAUCAAAGCUUUUAUUCUAACAAUACAUACUGGAACUGCCACUAUAUUCUGUAAUAUCUUCCAUUUGACUUCAUUCCAUUCAUAAUAAAAAAAAAAGCUUAUUAUUAAAUUAAAAGACAGUAAAGAAGUAAUAAGAAUGAUUUAUAAUAUCAUAAAGUUAAGUAAAGGUUAAGCUUUUGUGAAAUCAUCAAGUUUGGUGAAAUAUCUCGUUUGACUUUUUUCUAGAUGUUAACAACUAAUGCUCAGAUAUUCAUAUAUUCAGACAUUUCCAUAAUGAUGAACAUUCAGUCAUAGAUAGAGUAGAAGUGAUCCAGUUCUUACAAUGAUGGAGGACAAUCAUUUGUCUUUGGUUUACUAACCCCGGCUCAAGAGUAGCAAUGUGUGAUUUCUACUUAGACACCAGCAAUAGGAACUUUAGGGAAGUAACAUCAAUCUCUAUAGAACUUCCAGGUUAAACAUGAUGUAAGUUGUUGAUUGAAGAUGGGAUCCACAUUUGGGCUUACCCCCACAUGAGCUUGGGUUCCCCUCAUUAAGUGGAACACACUUCUGAUGGUCACAGACCAUGAUUAUGCUUAGCUCCAGACUGGGUCUGGAUAGAUAGGUAGAUAGAACAUCUGCUCACUUGUUAAUAGAAUUUCUACUAAAAUAGUGGGAAAACAGUGAGUUGAAUGAUACCCAGAGGAGGUAUAUCCCAAGAGUAAUUAGGGUUCAUGUUGGGGCUUUUAGGAUUGAGAUUAAAAACUAAAAAUGAGAGGAAGUAAAGAAGCAAAGAGUUCAAGGCUCUGGAGACUCAUGCAUCUUCCACACCAGCUCAUAUUCAGAAAGUCUUCCCCCACUGAUCUUUUUCCAAAUUUCAUUGAAUCAUUUAAUACUAUGUUAUUUGAAUAAGAUUUUGCUAAUAAAUCUAUGUCUCUAA